AUGGAGGGUGCUCAAGUCUCGUUCAAGAACGUCACUUACAAAGAUGAUCCCACCAACGACACGCAACGGGCCUACAGGACCUUCUUACUAUCCUGGAUGAACCAAUCCGAUCUCAGUAAUCCCAAGCUUCUGGCACAUCUCAUCAUAAACCGAAUGAAUUGUGACCCCAGUGCUUUUAUAUUCGCAGACUGGGAAGCACUGCACCUUGGUCGAGCCAGCAAGCUGUUCCUGCCCAAAUUUGCCGACAACCGAUUCAUUGGGAUUCUCACUUCGUCAGAUGUCCAGUUGAGCAAAGAGAUGGAACUGAAACGAAACGCCCCAUAUUUCUUCAUCGUGGACGACUAUAUUCUGAUCUUUUAUACUGACCAAAGAGACCCUGACCAAGACUGGAUGUUUGAACAUCUGCGCAAGAGUGGUCGCCUCUUUGCCUGGGUCGACGGCAUCCAUCUCCUCCAUACCCAAGCCCUGCUUUACCGAGUCCUCUACGGUGUCACCAAAGCAAUAGCGACCAAAAGCGGCCAACCAAAGGAAGAAGUAGACGCUAAAGAUAUCGACCCUGACCGAGUCAAAGCCUGGAGAACAGCACACCGUCCAGAAAAACUCUUCUAUUUCGAAAAUGAGGGAAUAGUCGAAUACGGGCUGUACGUGCCACCAGCCUCUCUCGACCGGAAUUGGCUUGACGAAUUCAAGGCGAAGUUCAAACAGCAACUACAAUGGUCAAAAGACCAUUUAAGGAACCUUUGGCAUGAUCCAUUCUACUUCCAGCAAUGCGUCGAUGAGCAAUUUCAGCAGCACUACGGACAUGUAUCCGAGCAACCCCAGACCUCCGCCCACCAUGUUCCGAAAAAGGCGGCAAUGGCGGUAUCAUACCAAGGCGAACUUCCUCAUUUUUUGGCACGCGACAUUGACGCAAAGAAGAGUCUGAUGAAUGAUAUCAUCAGACGCGUCGUUCAGUGGGCUCUAUACGAAGUUGAAAUGUGGCAAUGCCUGGUUAGCAAAAUCGAUGCCUUGUGGAGCCUUGCUAAUGCCAGCGGAGUUCGACUUUGGUGCUCAGAAGACUCCCAGCGUCUAGUAAUACCAGACGAUCAACCUGAAGUGAAGGAGGCCUGGGUUGACUUGGGAUUCCAUGCGCGCUGGUUUACGGAGCGUCGAAUCAACCACGUCGUCGGCCAUGGCGGCUUGUUUGCCACCGAAACAACCCGGCAUCUCUUUCGUCGAGAUACUAGCUGGCCAAGUUUACAAGUGGUCAAGGAGGAUUGGGACCUACCCAAGGAGUAUGCCGGUAUCAAAAUAGACUUCACUAUAAGGCACCGCGAGGCGGCAGCACAUGGGGACGCAAUGGACAUUGAUAAUAACGAUAUGAACGAACCUGAUAUCGAAAAGUUGGAUAGUCCGACCUGGUGGUCAAUCAAGAACGUCCACGCCGGUCUUUCGAGCAACUUCAACAUUGGAACCAUUGGCUUACCGAAGCUCAUCCGGGCCUUGCGCACGAAGCUUUAUGAGCGACACACGGCACUCGGGGCUCAGACGACAGUCACAAGAGACUAUGAAGCCAUACACUUGACAGGCUUACUCUGCCACCACAUGCAAUUUGUACAUCCGUUUGGACAAGAUCUCUUGGAUGCCGAAGGCCGGAGCACGCGGCGCCGCGAAAGCCCAGUAGGCCCCUUUCUCAUUGGCUUUGACGACGUUCCAUUCGAGGAUCUUGUGCAAGAGGAGACGCUGAGAUACUUACAGUGGUUACUUGGAAUCGUCUAUAAACCGCACGGAGACAAAGACUACGGCCGGCAUUCGUUGCUAGCCCAGUUGUGGGUGAGGAACUUUUGGCAAGAACUCUGCAACGGGCUUGUCAAGUCGACCAAAGAGUUGGAGUCGGAGGACUCGAACGAGUCGAAAGAGCCCAAAAAGUCGAAGAAGAAAACGAGUCCUGCGGGUGGUGGUAGGGGCGGCGGCGGUAUCAUGAGGCACGGGAGCAAGAGGGGCAAAGUCAGCAAAAAUGCCGCCACGCCAAGGUAUUGUCGACCGGCCGGCGUUCAACGGUAUCUCACUGCCGAUCCCCCUGGCAGGGUCGACUUGGAACUGAAACUACCUCGGUACGAUUGCAAGAAGAUCUGCGGAGAGAUUAUGACCGUCGCGCCCCCGGGCCAUCGCGAACCUCCAGGUUGGGACUCUCGUCUACCCAAGCUCAUAGUGAAGCCGACUCCUGAGGAUAGAGAAGGAGCAGACAAGAACGACGAGGACAAUGGCAAGGUCAUGAUACGGAAGCCGGUUUGGGCGACCAUAGAAAAGAUUUGGAGCCGCGUUGUCGGGUCCGUCGUCAAGAGGAACGUGUUUGAGGUCUUUGGCGCGUUCGAUUUCGCGUACCAGACCGCCGAGGGAUCUCGCGAGAGGUUCAGGUGGACUCCCCAAUCCAAGUUCCCGGCACCGAUUGGAGCGAACGGGGAGCCCGAAGCGAGAAGUAUCACGAUUCAUUUGCCGCACGAUGCCAACGCAGACAUGAGGAGCGAUCAGCUUCGGUGGCUUCGAGAAGCUUGCGCCAAUGUGGGCAUCACGGAAGAUACUAUAAACAGGCAUGCAGCUAUGCGGUUGGGAGUUUGGGCAAGUGGAGGGCCGGGCGGCAGCGAAGGCGCUGUCUCGUGA